AUGUCAGAGACAGAGCGACGGUCAGACGGGAAGACCGACCACAUAUGUACAAAGUUAUUUAGAGAAGGUCAAGAGAAAGAAUAUUCAUUAGAAGAGGAGACAAUCCUCACAUUGCCUUCAUUUUUCAAUAGAAACAUGCCUAAAAACAAAUCAAAAAAGCACGGAUCCUCAAAGGUCAAGCCAUUGGCAGCUCGAACGUCUAAAAUAAAAAGGAAAAUGAGAGCGAAAUCCUUGUCCAGAAUACCGAAUAUAUUGCCUAUAGUGGAAGGAGUUGAAGAGACAGAAGUUGGAGAAGACGACAUUGGUUUUUUCAAAGAGCAUAGACAAUUUGCUGGUUUUCUCAAUACAUUCAACGCAAUCGCUCUGCAUAAAAAUCCAGCAAAGGAAACAAAUUUACCCAUGAUCCGUUCGACCCAUGGGGAUAACAGGCCAAAUGAUACGUCUGAAGACGAAGAUUAUGAAAUGAGACAAGUAUUUGUGAAUCAUUCGGACGAAGAGCAAGAAUAUGAAAAAGUACCGAGAGAAAUGGGGAAAUCAUGGACGAAAGAGAAUGAAAAAUUACCAAUCAAGUUACCUGAUGGAAAGAUACAGAUUGUCGCAGCAGAUGAAGAGAAUGUUGAUAGGAAUGAAUUAAGAAGCCAGGGUUUAGAGGAUGCAUCAACCAUUGAUGACAAAGUCGGGAAACUAUCAAUUGAGCCUAUCGUCAAAGAAAUACCAAAAUCCAAGUUGUCAAAGGAACAAUACGUGAUUCAAAAAAAAGAAGAACUUGCUGAAAUUUCGCAGGCAAUAAUUGCGGAUCCGGAGAAAAACAUUGUGCGAUUGAAAAAAUUACGCGAAAUUGCAAACGACAAGAAUUUAACUGUAAAGAAAAUGAGUAUACGAGUUCAAUUGGCUAUCUACAAAGAUAUUAUUCCGGGAUAUCGGAUACGCAAGCUGACAGAGAAAGAAAAGGCCACUCGGGUGACAAACGAAGUCAAAAAACUAAGACAUUAUGAAGAAUCUCUGUUGGUCAAUUAUCAAGCCUAUCUGCAAUUACUUAAUAACGAAGUAAAAGCUAGUACAACCAAUAAGCAUAAUGCAAAGGAAGACGUAUCAUGUGCCUUCGUCGCAGUGCAAUGCAUGUGUGAUCUCUUGACGUCCGUCACACAUUUUAAUUUUCGACUAAAUUUAAUGACUGCAGUAAUAACCAGAAUGAGUACUAGUAAAAUUAAUGAGAUGUUUUCCAUAUGCCAAAAAGCUAUAAUUAAUGUAUUUCAAAACGACGAAUCUGGGGAAUCUAGUCUUGACGCUGUAAGGCUAUUGUCCAAGAUGAUCAAAUCGAGAGAAUAUGCUGUACAUCCCGAAGUUCUAAAUACAUUUCUUCAUCUCCGUCUCAAAGACGAGCUUUCUGCUGCAAAAGACGAUAGUAAUGAUGUAGCUAGAAAUAAGAAAAAGAGGAAAGGUGACAAAGUGCAUUUGUCAAGGAAAAUGAGAAAACUUGCCAAGGAAAGGAAGCUGAUUGAAAAGGAAAUGAAAGAGGCCGAUGCCAUUGUUGAUAAAGAAGAAAAAGAAAAAACGCAAACAGAAACCUUAAAGCUGGUUUUUGCAACAUAUUUUCGCAUUCUGAAACGUGCCAACACGUCUCCUUUACUACUGCCAGUACUCGAAGGAUUGGCAAAGUUCGCACAUUUGAUAAACGUAGAUUUCUUCAGUGACUUACUUAACGUACUUCGAAAAAUUGUGACCGAGACGAGCGGAGAGGUUACCGAUGACGACGACGAUGUUCCAAUAAAUGAUACUAGGCGUACUCUAUUAUGUAUUAUAACAGCAUUCCAGUUACUUUCUGGUCAGGGCGAAGCGUUGAAUAUCGACCUAAAAGAUUUCUACACAAGUUUUUAUACAGUACUCUUCCCACUUGCAUUAAAUCCCAAUAUAGAAACUAGAGAUGAUAUGAGCGUGGUAAACUCUCAAAAGAACAAGUCCGCUCACGCAACGGGGACGGAUACCGAGUUGGAGAUGUUGAUGAAAGGAUUGGAUUUCAUGUUCUUCAAAAGAAGACAGAUACCGCUUGACCGAUCUGCGGCAUUCCUAAAGCGGUUGUCAACGUCUUGCUUAAACUGGCCUAGCGAGACUGUACUUUUGUGCUUGAACACAAUACAGAAAUUGAUUCAGAAACAGCAGCGUCUAGAUGCUUUGUUGGAUUCAGACGACUUGUCGAGCAAUGGAGUAUAUUUGCCCGAGUUGGACGAUCCCGAAUUGUGUAACCCUUUUGCUACUAAUCUGUGGGAGUUAUGCUUACUCGAGAAUCACUAUGAUCCAAAAGUAAGAUCAGCAGCAACGGCGCUAGCUAAUUUCGCCCCCCGAUCCGAAAACGGUUGA